UUUUAAGAUGUUUGUGGAGCCCCCUUCGGGGAUGACUCACUGGCGGUUGCUCAUGACUGAAAGUUGGAGUUGGCGGAUGCUUGUAUGAGCUGAUAUCCGUGGUUCGCCCACGUUCUCCCUUUGGAAGGUCGACGGGGGUUAGUGCCCGCUGAACGGUGACUUGGCUGUGGGUGUUGUCUGUUCAACUUUCAAAUUGUGUCUGUGUCUCCUUUGGGAGCUGUAGUUGAGAAGUUAAAGGGUCUAUUUAUCUCACUAAAUGGCGUCUACGUGCUCGUUCACUUCUAGCGUCCUGUGGUGCACAGUGAUACUUCUGCCUGCCGUUUCAGCAAGCACUUGCGAUGACGACGAUUCAUCAUUCUGUCGCCACCAAAACCAUUUUAGCUCUGUCGUUGCAAUUGGAGUGAGCUUCUUUGGGAUUUUUCUCUUCUCACUUGUGAUCUGUUUAUGCUGUCCUUGUUGUCUUCUGUACAAGAUGGCACGAAGAGGACGUCAGCCUGUUGUUACAAGUUCAACUACAACUACAGUGGUACAGUCAGCAUACCCACAGCAACCACACGUACCAGCACAAGGGUUCGUUCCUUACCAAGGAUAUACUCCCAUGCCAGUGCAGCCAGCACCAGCGAUGGCUCCCUAUCCUCCAAGUAUCGCCAAUCCACCACCAUAUCCAACUCCAUAUUCUGGACAACCACCGUCAUAUCAAGAUACUGUAGCAACUAGUGCAAAUGUACCUUAUCCAGGACAGCUGCCGUACAACCCUGCCGUUCAGCCGCCGUACAACCCUGCCGCACAGCCGCCAUACAACCCUGCCGUUCAGCCGCCGUACAACCCUGCUGCGCAGCCGCCGUACAAUCCUGCCUACGGAACCCCAGAGAAAUUACAUUAAUAAAUAUGCGGCCACUUCUGUUGUUAAGUACAUUAAAACUGAUCUAUCUUAGCCUGUUACUAUUUUGUACAAGAUGAAUGCUGGAAAGGAAUUAUUUCGUAAGCAUUUCGGAUACGUUCAGCAGUUAACUGUAAAUUACUUGUCUUUAAUGGAGUUUAUUUUUUUUUUGUUUUCUCUCCCCCCUCUUCCCCCCCCCCCCCCCCCCCCCCCCCCUUCACUACACCACUUCACUUUGAGCAGAUGUGAAGUCUGUUUUGUCUUGGAUGUCUUGAUUUUGUUUUUCAACUCUUUUUGACAGAGGGAGCACAACUUUGUUUUGUAUAUUCAAAAAAAAGAAAAACAGUUGCUUUGAGCUAUCUUUCAAUGCAAACAGGUGUUUUGAUAUCUGCCUAUUUUCCCCUUCUGUGAAGGCUACUAUUUUCUUGUUUGCCAUUAAAGAAGUGUUUUACAUAAGUGGCUCUUUGGAUCCUUUUUCUAAAAGGAAACAAAAAUAUGUUGUAUUUUGUUAGCUGCUCUUCCUUCGAGGGUUAUUGGCCAUAAACCAGUGCAGAUAUAAUUCCCAAGUGUAUCAUUGAUUACGCCAGCGAUUGUCAUCAAUCUUUUACUCCUGAAAUGUCAGUUAGCACAUCAUGAAUCUGAUGACUUUUUCUUUAAAAAAAACUUGACAAAUGGCCGGCAAAGUAUUUAUAGAUUUCUCUCAUUCUCUUGUUACUUUUAUCUCUACUACCCCUUUCAUGGCCUACAUUGCUUUUUGCCUUCAACUAUCUGGCACAACUUUGGUCAGUGAGUGAACUGAAGAGCAGUUAUCUUUUGUAAGAGUUCUCUGCUUUUUCACAUCUCGAGCUCUGGGGUUUCUUUUGUGCCCCCUGACAGGCAAAAAGGAUCCAAAAAGUUGCUUGUGCAGUUUGUGAAAGUGAAGACAAGUGGGCACAUGCAGUACAUUAGCAAAGUAAAAUUGACCCAGGAUCGGAUCUGUUGCAUUACCUAACGCGCUGCCAAGUAGUUCCUGAACCUCAGAUGUACCAUUUGCCACAACGUAGUCAUUUCCCUGAAAAGAUUGAAGGGAAAUAAAAGGAACUAUCUCAAUGAUGUAAAGAUCAGCUUGACUGCCAGCAGCGAGUGCAUUGGAGCAUGGGAAAAGUCUUUCACCCAAGAGAGCAUGAUAAACUGCAGAGACUAAGAGGAAAGAAGUAAAUAAAAUCAUUCUAAGUAAAUAAAAACAAAGCCUCAAGAAUGGUUUUCACGUUUUUUAAAUUCUAUGAUUUAUAAACAGGAACAUUUGAAGUUUUUACUGAAGAGAAGUGUUAAUGCGUAGCUGCAUAAAUGUCAAGAAAACUCUUCUACUUGCCACCCUGCCCCACCCAAGAUGCAAGCAAAUGUAGUUAGGUUGUGGAAUUUUCUAAAUAAAAGCUUGUAUCUGCUGAGCGCAGCACAUUUGCUGCCAAAAACCAUGUUUGUUUCCUAUUUGCUCAACCACUUUAAGUUACCUUUCUCGAUCCUCCUGCACUUCCCACCCAACAUUCUGAGACUGGGAAUGAGCACUUUGUUAUCAUUUGCUUUAUAACUACUUUGUGACAGUUGUCAAAUGAGUUUUUUUUAAUAUAACACAAAUUUUGAUUUCACUGAAUUUAUCAGGGGCAAUUGUUUUAAUUCAGAUGCUACAGUAUCAUUUGAACAAUAUACAUUACAUUUUAAUGUAGAUAUUAGAAUGGUUGUAAUGUACAAUAAAGUCAAAACGUUCUUUCAAA